AUGGCGAUAAAACGAAAGCAAGAUGCUGCGGGGAAUGACCUGCGAUUUCAAACGCAGAGACGCAAGUCAAGGAAAGCGAUACGAAAGGCUCAAAGGAAGUCUGAAAAACAGAAACAUCACCAAAAUAUCAUCCAAUAUAAAGAGAGACUUAAGGGAAAACAAAAGCCAAACAAGCUGCAGGAACAGCAGGUUGAACCAGAAAAGCCUUCAAAACGAAGAUUGUCCAAAACGCAUGACAUGCCCCAAUCAAGAAUUCUGGAAGAAAAAACCGAAGAACAACGUGAAAUAGAAUAUCUAGAAAGACAGCUGUUGAAAAAUAGAAAAGGCGCUGCAAAAACUGCUGAUGUAUUCCAAACACUCAGAAAAGAAUUUGUAAACGAUGGAUUCGAUGAUGAAUUUCUCGAUUUCUUAUCAAAUAUAUCACAUAUGGCCGAAAAAGGUAAACGGAUAUCAAAAAAAUCUGGGAAUUCGAAAACUUACCCAGGCAACCUAAUGGAACAAAGUGAUGAGGAUGAUGAUGACGACAUUGACGAAGAGGAAAUCGAAGGUGAUGACGAGGAUGGUGAAGAGGAAGAUGAGGAGGAAGAAGUAGUUGAAGAGGAGGUGGAGGAAGAAGAGGACGACGACGACGAAGAAGAAGAAGAAGAAGAAGAAGAUUAUGAUCAUGAUGAUGAUGAAGAAGUGGACAGUGAAGAUGCUAUGCCGACAGUUAAGAGAGUUAGGUUUAACCUGGAUGGAGAAGAAAAACCUAAAGGCACUACCAGGAUGAAGGAAAAAGUCAAGGAUGCCAAGCCUCUAAAAAUUGAUAAAAAUACCAUAGAAGCUAUGAAAAGAAGACAAAUGGGACUAAUCAAUCGUAUAUCCGAAGGAAACUUUACGCUAGUUGUCAAGGAAGUUAUUGACAUAUAUACUAAAAUGCACUCGAGUGGGUCUGAACAACAAAGCAAAACACAUGUACUCGCUGUUGAAGAACUUAUCCGAGAUUUAUCGGAAUGCACAGUGAAGCUCAUUAUACAAAAUGAAAAUACUGUUAUCAGCCUAGUCGCAAUACAUACAGCCCUUAUAUGCGCUCUAUGCAACACCGUAGGGAUGAACCUGGGAUACGUAUACUGUCACAAGCUACUCAAAACUAUUGAUAAAGCACUACCUAUAUUGUUCGAAAACAGAGAUGGAAAGGAGUUAUCAGAAGCCAAACAAAUGGCAAGAAACAGUAUUAUGUCAUUCGCCGUAAUAUCGCACUUAGACAUGUUGGAUUCGGAUAUUGUCUUCCACCUCUUCAAAAUUAUGUCAACACAAGAAAUUACAGAACAUAUCGCACAAAUACUCAUGGUAUUGCUAAGAUAUACAGGACAUAAAAUCAAGACUGAAAAUCCUACAUCAUUCCACAAUAUUAUAGAACAUCUCAACAAAAUGCUAGAUCAAUAUAAAGAAUCGCACGGGGAUAUUACUCAAAGUAGACUUAGGUUCUUCCAACAGGAAAUAGAAUCAUUCAAGCUCUCAAAAGAGAAAAAACCUCUAGAAACUUUCGAUUUCCUAAAAACUAUUAUCAAACGAGAUUUCAGGUAUCGUGGAGGAGCAACUAAUCCGCAGAUUAGCCACCAAACACUGUUGAAAUUUACAAAAACAUAUGAUGCGGGGAAGACUAAUUCACACGAAAUACUUCAAAAAUUGGAUGUUGCCACCCAAAUAGCUAUCAAAAGUGUAAAGGAUGACGAUCCGAAUUCAACGGAUGCACUACUACAAAAAGCAGCUGCGCUAAGGCUAUACUCUAAUUGUCAAAAGUCAACAUUUGUUGCAAUCAUGGGAGCCAUCAGUCCUCAACAUGCUGUCGAAAGAAUUAUGGACCUAGGCGUCAAACCUACGCAGCAAAACGAAGUUCUAUAUACCAUCGUACACUCUUUAAUGAGUGAAAAGUUUUACAACGAGUACUACACCGAAGUGGUCAAAAAUCUUGCGAGACUGCCAUCAACCACUGGAAAAAGGUUCACAAGAGCGAGCGUAUGUACUCUAAUCGCAAUCAUAGAGCAUCUACAUGAAAAGAAGCCACGAAAGUGUGACCAUCUGGGAAAGUUCUUUGGUGACUUCGUUACAUCCAAAAUCCUGGAACUCAGGCUACUGAGGUUCAUAAAGAAGGAACAGGCCGAUAACGAGUCCGUAGAAGCGUUCAUCAGGAGCCUGUUCGCCUACUUAGUGGAAAAGACGCCAGUGGAAAACGAAGAACAUGUCAUAGAGCAACUCAUGCAACUGACUAAUGAGGACAUCUUCGAGGUGUUGUGCGAGGCGUGGUCAGAGUACCUGGAACAACACUGCGAAAAGGCACUGCCAAUAAAAGGCAGAAAAGUCAUGAUGGAAGCAUGUAGACGUAUAUUCAGUUUGAACACGGAUGAAUAA